GGACGUUAGGGUGGGAGGAGCUCCGCCGUGACUAUUUCUUCGUACUCUACGGCGCUUGCACUCCCACAUUUGAUCAAGCUUUCGUAGAGCGUGACAGUCGAAACCCAAAGAGAGGAAUCUCAGGAUACAGUGCGCCUUCCUGACAGCACGAAAAUGAAGCGUGACUCUUGAGAACAGUGUCAGCGUGGAAAGUGUCAUUGUGGUAACACGGCGCGAGUCACUCUUGAAUAGACGGUGACAGAGGAGCGAGGUGCGUGAGCGGGCCAGCGUGAAUGGGAGUGAAUGUGUUAGAAGGAGAGUAUCGUUACGUCACACCGUCUCCAGCACGAUGGGUCACUCCGUCUCCAGGAAGCUUCUCUGCCCGACCAAGGGCACUCCAUCAGCCCCCAAGAACUCCCCAUCGGAUCCAGCCACAAUCAUGGUGUCGGCGGAGUCCUCAGCUGCCACCACUAAUGGGGAGGCCACGGCUGUCCCAAAUGGGUUCCGCGCCCCGUCCAUCACGAUCCUCCACUUCAACGAUGUGUAUAACGUGGAAGAGCAGCCCACCGAACCCAAGGCCGGGGCUGCGAGGUUCAAAACAGCCCUCAAGAGUCAUGCCGAAAAGGACCCGCUCAUCCUCUUCAGCGGGGACAUCCUGGCGCCGUCCAUUAUGAGUUCGUUCACCAAAGGAGAGCAAAUGGUGCCCGUCAUGAACCAGUUUGGGAUUCACUGUGCAGUGUUUGGCAAUCAUGACUUUGACUUUGGACUGGAAAGACUUGUGGAUGUGGCUGAGAGGACCACUUUUCCUUGGCUCAUGAGCAACGUGGAAGACAACGAGACUGGCAAACCCUUGGCUGGCGGCAUCCUCACACACACAGUCAACUGGCACGGCUGGAAGCUUGGGCUGAUUGGCUUGGUGGAGCAGGAGUGGCUGGCAACGUUAGCAACCAUAAAUGCCGAUGAAGUCACAUUUACAGACUAUGUGGACAGAGGCAGAGAACUUGCAACAUCACUCAAGAAUGAGGGUUGUGACUACGUGAUCGCUCUAACUCAUAUGCGAACACCCAAUGACAUUAGACUCGCCGAAAAUGUGGAAGAAAUUGACCUCAUUUUAGGAGGUCAUGACCAUGUUUAUGAGGAAGUAAAGAUAAAUGGUAAGAUCAUCCUCAAAAGUGGGACUGACUUCAGGGAGUUUUCUGCACUGACCCUCACCCAAGAGGGUGAGGAGGUGAAUGUGGACAUCAAGAAGGUGGUGGUGGACUCCUCCUUUGAGCUGGAUCCUGAACUGAAGGAAACUUUGACAGAGUUUGAGGAUGUAGUAGGGAAGAAGAUGGAUGAAGUUCUAGGCAACUUCAGUGUCGAGCUAGAUGGGAGAUUUUCAUCAAUAAGAACCUCCGAGACCAACCUUGGCAACUUUAUCUGUGAUAUCAUAAUGGCGGCUUGCAACGGUGAUGUGGCGCUGCUCAACUCGGGAACACUGAGGUCUGACAGAAUUCACCCCAGAGGAGACUUCAAGAUGAGAGAUCUCAUGACCAUCUUACCAAUGCUGGACCCACUACUUGUCCUGGAAAUCACAGGCGAGAAGCUGGUGCAAGCCCUGGAGAACGGAGUCUCCCAGUACCCCAAACUGGAGGGCCGCUUCCCACAGGUGGCUGGUGUGCAGUUUGUGUUUGAUCCCAAAGCUGAACCAGGGUCACGGAUAAUUAGGGAUUUAGUCAAGGUUGGGGACGAGUACCUUAACCCUGACAUGAAAUACCGCCUGGUGACCAAGGCCUACAUGCAUCAGGGUCGCGAUGGCUACAACAUGCUGAUUGAAUGCCCUGUCCUGCAAGAUGAAGAGCAAUGUCCCAUGAUGUCCACGGCUGUCCAGAAUCACUUCACUUCCAUCCAGACUCUCCAAGGCAGAACACGCCGCAACUCAACACACAGACAGUCUCUUGUGCUGCUCUCCAGAAGACACAGUCUCAUACGUAACGAUGAUGAGAUCCCUGCUGCAGCACGCACCAAAGGACACGCACGUCUCGGCCGCUCAGUAUCCACAGAUUCGGCACUCUCCACCGGUUCCUCAAGUUCCUUGUCCUCUGUCACAAGCAAGAGAUCUCGAGGCAGUUUAUCCCGGCAAGAAAGCUUCCAUGAGCUGGAGAACUUGGCGUGCAAACUAGCACCAAAAGUGGAGGGCAGGAUAGUAGUGGCCACAGAUGAGACACGCCGUGUUGCAGCAGGUUGCCAGAGCAUGAUAAUGCACUCCGCAGACUCAGGGCCUGUGACUAUCAUUGAACAGUGCUUAACGGGACCACCAGUAGAGGCACAGGAGAGCACCAAGUACUAGAAGAGAUGUCUAUAAAGCGAGCCAUGCACAGCGUGUCGGUCAUUGAGGAGGAAGACGAGCCACAAACACCCUCGUCUCCCAAGAACAAACCGCCAGUCCUUAACUAGGAAGCUACUGCUGCACUUUUCUCUCCCUCAUAGGUCUGACUGCUGUGUCCAUAGCAAGUUCCAAGGACAAUGUAUAUGUAUGAACAGCUGCCUGUACUUGCAGCCACAUAACUUUUCACUCAGUAAUUGUCAGAAAGUUGGUGCUUUUUUCUUUUAUCUUAUACAAACAAAGGAGUAUGCUGGCCUGGACAGUAAAUGUAUACGUAUUCAAAUACUGUGGCAAGUUAUAUUCUGAAAGAUAUACAUUACUAUUCAGUAUUUUAGGUAAGUAUUACAACAUGCACAAUUAUGUUUACCUGAAAAAUCUUAAUUUAUUGUUACUUUUGCUGUUACUGUACAUGCAGUAUUACACUGAACCCUCAAUAAUCCAGGUUUGAGGUUUUUUUUCUCUUUACAACUAGAUUUAUUUCUCCUAAAACUUGUAUGAGUAAAGGAGACAGUGCAAGAGAUAAAAAAAAUAAUGUCUAUACCAUGCUGCUCCUACUGAAACCUCAAAUUUCAUUCCAGUUCAAAAAAAAAAAAAAAAUCAUAUUCUUCUCUUGAAAUCAGAACUUAAUAAUAAUAAAUGCUGCAAUUGUAACUAUUAAGCUGACCUGUGAAACUUCAGCUGUCCCUGAAGCACAAGCCUGAUCUGCGAUAAUUUGUAACUAGUUUAUGGAACUCCAAAUGCUUUAAAAUGUUGAGGAGAUGGAUUUCAUACUUCUAUGCAAUGUUAUUGUACAAUUCUGCUUCCAAACCUUAUAUGAGAUGGAUAUAA